AGAAGACAGUGGUUGUUAAGCGCACUCCUCCAUCUGCGUCAUGUUUGCGCUGCGCUCGCUGUUCCGUUCUGCGCACAUCGGAUAUGCCGCAGCUGCUCAGUUUCAUGCAACUUCGAACUGCAGUGGCGCGAAAGUCGCUGUUGUGUUGUCAGGAUGUGGUGUCUAUGAUGGCACUGAAAUCCAUGAGGCAUCAGCAAUCCUUGUGCAUCUGAGUCGGGGAGGUGCAGAGGUUCAGAUGUUUGCUCCAGAUGUGUCUCAGAUGCAUGUGAUCGACCACGGCAAAGGUCAACCCGUGGAGAACGAGUCAAGGAACGUCUUAUCAGAAUCGGCACGUAUCGCUAGGGGCAACAUCACUGACCUGGCAAAACUGAAUGUCAGUAAUCAUGAUGCGGUUAUCUUUCCUGGUGGUUUUGGUGCAGCUAAAAACCUGUCAACAUUUGCCAUUGAUGGGAAGGACUGUAAGGUGAUUAAGGAAGUGGAGCGAGUUUUAAAGGACUUCCAUAAAGCGAGAAAGCCAGUUGGGUUGUGCUGUAUAUCUCCGGUGUUGGCGGCGAAAGUUCUUCCUGGUGUGGAUGUGACGGUGGGUCAUGAGGAGGAGGAAGGUGGGAAGUGGCCAUAUGCUGGUACUACACAAGCCAUCACUGCCCUGGGAGCCAAACAUACUGUCAAAGAAGUCACCGAAGCCCAUGUGGACCGGAAGAAUAAGGUGGUGACCACACCUGCAUUCAUGUGUGAAACGAAGUUGCACUUGAUUUUUGAUGGGAUUGGUGCUAUGGUGAGAGACGUCCUAAAGCUCAGCGGGAAGUGAAAAUUGAAACAAUAUAUCAGUAUUUUAAUGUUCACUACAUAGAGCUCAUCAGUCAUAUAGGAUCUCUAUCAGACUGUUUAAAUGAAAAAGUAGGCUAUUUUUUGCUGUGAUUUGUAGUGAUUUGCAAAACAAGACAUUACUACUCAAACAUGUAUCUGCCUGACAGUGUUAAAUGGUGUUUUGGUGAAUAUCCAGCAGAGGGCAUUCUCUGUAUUUAAAAAACAUAAUAUGAAUUAUAUGUUGAUUUCUCAUGAUUUUCUCAAUUUUGAAAUCUUCAAAUUGAACUUGACAUUUAAGAUAAACUCAUCAGUUGUUUACAAAAAAAGAGAGAUUUCAGAGUACCAGAUUAAUACAUUAAUACAU